UGUUUCACUUUUAGGGAAAAAUAGAAGCAAAUGAUACCAAGACAAGCUCAUAUCAGAGACUUAAUCGGCAAAUGUGUGUGGAAGAAAAUACAGCCUUCAAAAUGAUUUUGCAGAUUUCUUCAUGAAGGUUUUACAUAUAUAUAAAUCUGUCAUCUGAUGUAUUUCUACCUUGAGAUGAGUCAGAAGACAGCAAAGGAGGGUCCCCGACUCUCCAAGAACCAGAGGUUCUCAGAGCACUUCAGCAUCCACUGCUGCCCACCCUUCACCUUCCUCAACUCCAAGCGGGAGAUCGUGGACCGGAAGUACAGCAUCUGUAAGAGUGGCUGCUUCUACCAGAAGAAGGAGGAAGACUGGAUCUGCUGCGCUUGCCAGAAGACCAGCUCCUGUCAGCGUACCCUGAGCCGCCAUGGAGAACCCUGGCUGCAGCCUCCAGCUUCUUUUGGCCCUCUCAGCACCAGCCGCCGUGCAGCAUCCCCUCAGAGGCCCAAGCUCCAGCCAGCUGCAUCCCCCGUGGUGGUCAGAGCACCAGCCAAGCCACGGUCCCCUCCGAGGUCCGAGCGUCAGCCACGUCCCCGCCCAGAGGUCCGACCACCGCCAGCCAAGCCUCGCCCCCCUCAGAAGGCCAAGGCCAAGCAGCAGCCGCGCAGCAGCCCCAUCAGAGGGCCAGGCGCCAGCCGUGGGGGGUCUCCUGUCAAAGCUUCUAGGUUAUGGUAACACCAUCGCUUCCCUUUUGUUACCCCAGGCCCUAAGGUUAGUAGCCGCUUCCCGUGUUUACUAAUGACGAUGGCGUUCCUCCAGCCUUACCAAGCCUGUGUAAUCCUCUCCCUACAUU